AAAAUAGCUCAAAGAAUUUUCGAAAGGUGCAAACCCUACUUUGUGCGACCCGUCCGACCUAAGGAUAGACAAACAUGUUGCUGCAAGUACCAUGUAGAAUUUAAAACUGUCUUUAAAUCGUGUAUGGAAUUCCGAAAGAAACUUUUGAUAGAAAAUGAACCGAAUGAAUGCUAUUCUACUCCUGUGUACGGUUCAAUAUCUGAUGUCGUUAAUGCAACAUUAUGCGAAAAAGUUGAUGGUUCACACAAUUUACAGUGCCUUAAAAGAAACUGUUCCGAUUGUGGAGUUAAAAUCUUGAAUUUUCUGCCUUGUGAACUUGAUGUAUCUGACACUGCGGAAUUUGUAAAGUGGGAAAAGUUUGAAAAUGUAAGCGUUAAUGUUAAAGGGAACAAAACCAUAAAGAAACUAAUGCUCGUGAAAAAAGAAAGUCAAGUUGGUGAAUUGUUUUCAUAUUUCAGAAAACUAAUUGAAACUUUUCCAGUGCAUCAGCACAGAGCUACAUGGCAAAAUGAACAAUUUCAAAAUCUUGUUAGAAAUCUCCCAGAAAAGCAAUGUGUUUGUGUGCAUGACUUUAGUGAAAAUUACAGGUGUUCCGAGCUUACUGAGAUUCAAAGUGCUUACUUUCAAAAAACAGAAGUGUCGGUCCAUGUUACUAUUCUACAUAGACAUGCAUUGCUAGAAUACGAUGGUGUUGAUAGUUCAGAAGACUUUCCUGAAAUUAUCACGGAACAAUUUUUCGUUAUAAGCCCAGACUUAGUUCAUGAUCAAUACUUUUUUCACCAAGUCCGAAAUUAUAUAGCGGAAUAUUUACAGUCGAUUUCAUAUUCAGUAGAAACAAUGCACGAGUUUACUGACGGGUGUGCAGCCCAGUAUAAGAGCAGACACUGUUUCGGAGAUAUUAGUCAAACAAGCGACGACUUUGGAUAUCAACAUUUCACAAGAAAUUUCUUCGAAACUUCCCAUGCAAAAGGACCACAAGACGCUGCUGGAGGAAUUAUUAAGAGACAAGCCGACUGUGCCAUUUUACGCGGACAGACUCAGAUAAGGACAGCAAAAGAUCUCUAUGAAUACGCGAAUUCAUUUCUAACACAACCGAGGUCACAUUGUAAGAGAAGAAUAUUCCGAUAUGCGGAAACGAUUCACCGUGACAAAAGACUGUCUUUUAAGCCGGUGCCUAGCAUUCGAUCUCUUCACCAAGUAAGAGCUAGUCGUGAUUCUGCUAAAGGAUUGAUAAAUAUCAGUGAAUUGUCUUGUUUCUGUGUAAACUGUUGUCAUCACAUGUAUGACCAGUGUUCUAAUUCGAUAAAAACUGGUGGUUAUACUGAAUGGGAAAUGAAGCGAGAAUACAGAGCGGAUGCACAAGAAAAUGAAGAAAAUGAGCAAGUGUCUUUGCAAGAAUUAGUUUCGGUUGGUCAAUUAGUUGCGUUAUAUACUGACGACGAUGAGGAGGAGUACUACAUGCUGAAAGUAGAGAAAAGCAUGGAAACGUUACGCAUUGACACAACGGAUUCUUGGGGAUCUUUACUCCCUGCGGGAACACCUGUGUUUCGUGGUCUAUAUUACAACAAAACGAACUCGCCUUUUCAAUAUCGUCUUGUGAACAGGAAAGCGGUUGUACCUGCUGCGUCAGUGGUCUAUAUUUGUUCGGAAGUAACCGCAAACAAUGUCAUUCGAAUCACAGAAGAAACACAUUUAAAUGUUUUAGAAUGUAUUAAUGAAAUAAAAUGCUAGAAAUUUA